ACUUUUUUCCCCCUUUUCACCCAGUGCCUGGCUAGAAACAGGAGGGGAGAUGGGUUGCUUUGCUGACAGCAGUGGGUGAUUCUCCGACCUCAUGGGCUCACUGACCUGUAAGGUACCUGCUCUCAGGGCUCCUUGGGUUGCUGGCUUCCCAUACCUCACUCUAGCACAGCAUGGUCCGGGCCUCUUCAGCAUGCCCUAAAGUCCAUACUUCCAACCUGUUGCGUGAGGGAAAGAGGACAGGAAUGGAGAGGGAAGCCAGGAAACAUGUGCGUCUGCAGGAUAGAAGGGGCUCCAAUGUGUCACUGGUGCUGGACAUGAGUUCUCUGAGCACCACAGAACCCAUUUUAUCAGUGUCUACUCCUAGAGAUGUCACCGUGCAGCUCCUGAACACUACUGGCCAUGUUCUUUCUCAGAAGAUGCUCCAGCAGCAGAGCUGGAGCCUGGAGGAGCUUCAAGAAGAGUUUGCGAAAAUCCCCUCUAACUUUGCCAGUGCAGAAGAACUGGACAUCCCCAGACGAGCAGCAAAAGACAGAUACAAAUCCAUCCUACCAAAUCCCCAGAGUCGUGUCUGCCUCAAGAGAGCUGAGGGCCAAGAAGAUGAGAGCUACAUAAAUGCAAACUACAUCCGGGGUUAUGCUGGGCAGGAGAAGGCCUACAUCGCAACCCAGGGGCCCAUGCUUAAUACAGUAAAUGACUUCUGGACAAUGGUGUGGCAGGAAAAAGCUCCUCUCAUAGUUAUGCUCACGAAACUUAAGGAAGAGAAAGAGAAAUGUGUCUGUUACUGGCCUGAAACAGAGGCAACCUAUGGGCCAUUCACCAUCCGCAUUCAAGGCAUUUGUGAGUUUGAAGAAUACACCAUCCGUACCUUUGCUCUGAAGCUCAAAGAUGAAAGUCGCACUGUGAAGCACAUUGUCUUCUCAUCCUGGCCAGACCAGAAGACCCCAGAAUCUGCCAAGACAUUCUUGCACUUGGUUUUGGAGGUGGAGAAAAUUCAGCAGGCCACAGAGAGCACGGGGCCUAUUGUUGCGCAUUGUAGUGCAGGAAUUGGUCGGACAGGCUGCUUUAUCGCUACGCAGAUCGGAUGCCAGCAGCUGAAGGACAAAGGAGAGGUGGAUAUUUUGGGGAUAGUCUGCCAGCUACGCAUAGACAGGGGUGGAAUGAUACAAACCAGUGAACAGUACCAGUUCCUCCAUCAUACACUGGCCAUGUAUGCUUCACAGCUUCCUAAGAUCACAGACUGCUAAUGCCAUUUUCUUGCGUUAGCAUGCAGAACUGGCUCCUACUUGACACUUGGCUUGCUGGAACAUUUUCCUGACUCUCCAAAUAACAGCAAUAGAGAAAACUAUUUAUAUUUCAAGCACUGGACCUGUAAAAUCUUCCCAAGAACAACUACUUGGUUCUGAUUGCAUGCAAUUGGAAUGUAUUCUAUCUGGAAGCAGACUUUAAAUUCAAAUGUUGUCUUUCUUGUGUUUGUUUUGAACACUCUGAAUUAUUUGUAUAAACUCAAAUCAGCUUUCAAGUUCAUUGAAAGUAGUUGGUUCUGUUUGCAAUUCAGUAUAUAUGACUGAUAAUUCAAUUCACUAACAAAAAACACAUUGUAAUUUAGACCAGGGAUGGGAAACCAGGUGUUGCUGGACUACAACUUAUGUAAUUUCUGACCAUUGGCCAUGCUGGCUGGGUCUGAUGAGAGACAGAGUCUAACAAUGUUUCUGGAGGGCCAAAGGUUCCCCAUUCCUAAUUUGGACCUAGUGGAUCGAUCUUGUUGUGAGUAACGAGGCUGUUUCAUCACCAUGGAAAGGUACCCUCAGGUGUCAGGAUGCACAACAAGAAAAAGUCUUACUUGUGUAAGUUUUCCAUGUCCACCCAGUCAUAUUUACAGUAAGUACAGUUAUAAUGUGCACUGACCAAUUUAAAUGUGAACAUUACCACGCAAUCUUCUGGUUGAGAGCACUGCUCGCCAUGCUAUUAUUACACAUAAAUGGGCCAGUGCCCAUGUGAAUUUAAACAUGGCCAGAUGAGCAUGGAAAGCUUGCAAAUGUAAGACCUGUCAAUGUCUUGCUGUAUAUAACACAAGCCCUAUCUUUUGAUGGUAACCCCCUAGGGCCAUAGGAAGCUGCCUUAUACAAGGCAGAGCAUUGGUCCAGAUAGCUCAGUAUUGUCUUCACCAGAAUGAGGAAACUGUGAUCCUCUAGGUGUUGUUGAACCACAACUCCCAUGAGCCCCAACUAGCAAGGCCAGUGGUCAGAGAUGGGAGUUGCAGUCCAACAACAUCUGGAGGGCCAGAGGUGUUCCAUCCCUAGUCUACCAACUUGCAGUAGCUCUCUAGGAUUUAAGACAGAAGUCUUUCCCAGCCAUACCUGGAGAUGCUGAAUAUAGACCCUGAGACUUUCUGCAAGUAAGCAGGUGCUCUACCACCAAAUAUAAUGCAUAUUAUGCAUAUUGAAGCAAACAAUCUUAAUUUCACAUAUACACUCAUGGGGUCUGAACUGGCAGUGACCGACCAGGAGAGAGACCUUGGGGUUGUAGUGGACAGCACGAUAAAAAUGUCGACCCAGUGUGCGGCAGCUCUGAAAAAGGCAAAUUCCAUGCUAGGGAUAAUUAGGAAAGGUAUUGAAAAUAAAACAGCCGAUAUCAUAAUGCCGUUGUAUCAAUCUAUGGUGUGGCUGCAUUUGGAAUACUGUGUACAGUUCUGGCCGCCUCAUCUCAAAAAGGAUAUUAUAGAGUUGGAAAAGGUUCAGAAGAGGGCAACCAGAAUGAUCAAGGGGAUGGAGCGAAUCCCUUAUGAGGAAAGGUUGCAGCAUUUGGGGCUUUUUAGUUUAGAGAAAAGGCGGGUCAGAGGAGACAUGAUAGAAGUGUAUAAAAUUAUACAUGGCAUUGAGAAAGUGGAGAGAGAAAAGUUUUCCUCCCUCAUAAUACUAGAACUCGUGGACAUUCAAAGAAACUGAAUGUUGGAAGAUUCAGGACAGACAAAAGGAAGUACUUCUUUACUCAGUGCAUAGUUAAACUAUGGAAUUUGCUCCCACAAGACACAGUAAUGGCCACCAGCUUGGAUGGCUUUAAAAGAAGAUUAGACAAAUUCAUGGAGGACAGGGUUAUCGACGGCUACUAGCCAUGAUGGCUGUGCUCUGCCACCCUAGUCAGAGGCAGUAUGUUUCUGAAAACCAGUUGCUGGAAGCCUCAGGAGUGGAGAGUGUUCUUGCACUCAGGUCCUGCUUGCGGGCUACCCCCAGGCACCUGGUUGGCUACUAUGAGAACAGGAUGCUGGACUAGAUGGGCCACUGGCCUGAUUCAGCAGGCUCUUUUUAUGUUCUAAUGUUCUUGUAAUCUAGACUUGCUAAAAUAGGCAUGGAGAACCAACCUGCUGGUCCAAUUGUGCUCAGCAUGGGUCCCAGUUUGGCUCACAAGGCCAUUUUCCCAAAGUCAUACUCACCUGCCCUGCACCUGAAAGUAUACUCCCAGUUGUUCAUUGGGAGGGGGGUUUGCUGUCACUGAUGAUCAGCCGAUUGGUGGUGAAAGCUAGCCUGCUGAUUGGUGGUGCUAAGGAGUUCUCAAUGGGUCCUCUGCUGAAAGUGCAGCUUGAAGGCACAUUCACAGUGUACGGUUAUUCCACUUUAAACUGUCAUGGAUUUCCCCAAGGAAUUCUGGGAAAUGUAGUUUGUGAAGGGUGCUGAGAGGUUUUAGGAAAGUCAUAUUCCCCUUACAGACCUACAAUUCCCAGAGUUCUCUAGGAAGGAGGAUUGACUGUUAAACCACUUGGGGAACUGUAGCUCUAUGAGAAUAGUAAUCUCCUAGCAACUCUCAGCACCCUUCACAAUCUACACUUCCCAGGAUAUUUGCAGGGAAACCAUGACUGAAAUGGAAUAAUAGUGGAAUAAAUGUACAGUGUGAAUGUGACUGAAGUUAAUGCCUAUCAGCUGACAGGCAAUAACUCCAGCUGGCUGGAACUGGCUGCAAUACUGCAUUCCCUGUGGGGCACUCCAGCUGACCCCUGCAGAAUGCUGAGCUUGAAGUCAGCACCCAUCAGCUAAUUGGUGGUAACUUCAAGCUUGAAUUGGCUGAGCUUGGAUUUUCCUCUAUAAUGCACCUUGCUAUACUGCAAAGAAAAAACAGAUCAUCUGAUGUCAUAAGAUGAUUGACAGGUGAGCAGGGCAUCACCUGCCCAAUCUGACAGCCCCCAAUGAACCUACACUUCAGGCCUAAAAGAUGUGCUUGGAUGCUUCCCAGCACUGCUGGAUUGCAGGCUUUAUUGUUAUUUAUGUAGUGCAGGGCUGUCCAACCCUUACUCCCUGGGCUGCAUACAGCCUGCCAAGAGGACUUUUGUGCUGCCCCAUGACCCCCUAAAAGUUGUCAAGUUUUUAAAUUGUUUUCAAAUUGAUUGCUUCUUCAAGUCCUCUGUUGUGAUGCCACAAGUCCUUAGGGUUUUUGUGCCAACCCCUAUUUGAUUUUUUCCUUGGACUGCUCCAUAGGUCUUUUGCAAUACAAAAAGGGUUUUUGUAUCAAAACUCCCACCCCAAUGUGGCCACUGACCACUCCACGCACCCCCUACUGUGAUUCUGUUAUGCCAAAAGGUUAUGUGACACCUACCCCAUGUGUCUCUUAAAAUAAAAAAUAAACUAAAA